UGCAAAGCCAGAGCCCAACAUAUUCCUCUUGUCUGUCUGUUUUUGCUGGCUGACACUCGGAGGAUGGGAGCUGCGUUUUGCUGCCACGCUGAUUCUGCUGUUUGGCUCCAGCUGCGCGGAGGAGCAGGAGACAAAGGCGCUGCUCUCCUCCGGCUCAGUCUCUCUGACACCGGGGGCAUUUAAACACCGAGAGUGAACGACGCACGCAGGCGGCGAGCAACACACCGAGGCUGCCGAUGGCUCUGUCGACAUGAAGCCUGUGUCUGCUCGGAGGAAACCUGUGGAGAGCUGUGGCGUUCAAAGGACCAAAGUUGACAGCAGGAAAAACAAAGGGGCCUACCAAAAACAACCUAUGAAACGGAUCUGAUCAAGAGGCAUCCUUUUGUUUGUUUGUUUGUUUGCUUGCUUGCUUGCUUGUUUGUUUGUUUGUCCUUAAUAAUCCGUGUGGUGUGAUUGCUGAGUGAAAUAUUGACAUGCAGAGGGGUAGCAUAAAAACCAGGCCUGAUCACAGAGAAAUUAUAGGGCGAUAUGCUAAUUUAGGGACAGUGACAAAGAUAGGAACAAGAUGUGCACCUGUAUAUUCCAGCCAAAUCUCCACGCCAUGACAACAACAACAACAACAACAACAACAACAAAAACAAAACUUAAGGGUAAGUUAGCCAUCUCUGCGUUGGGGCCUAGAAAUAAACAGGAUAUCUGUAAGUAAGAUUAUUUUCAAUAUUUUGACUGACUGAUUAUUUUCAGGAACCUUUGCUGGUAGUGACAUCAACAGAAACCCACAACAGCUGAGGUUGUAGAUCAUUUUAACCCCAACCUAGGUGAACAUUCAUAUCCUGUAACACCACUGCCGACAUAUAAGUGUAUUGAAUUAUUACAUUACAGUGCUUUCUAUAGAUGAAUGCAGCAGUUAGUACACUACACAUAGAUAUGUGCUAUACCAUUUAGCUGUAAAUACAAAUGAAAAUCCUACAACUACAAAGUGACUAAAUAUAACAUGGUGAUAUCUGAAGAGAAAAAAAAGUAAGGUAAUGCUGUUGGAUUUUGAUAUGCAGUUUUGUGUUGUGUUCUUUUAGAUUCAUGGCAGCAGUGAGCUCUUGUAGGUAGAAGUGAGGAGAUUAGGUUUAUUCGCCACCUUUUUGACAACUGGCCUGCAGAAACAUGCUCAUUAAUAAAAGACCACUCACAUUAACACUGUAAGGUCCAUAACGAUGACAUACGGAGAUGUAUGGCCAGUUGCCAGUUUGGAUCUGCUGCAAGGACAGACAUCCAUCACAGAUACUGUUUCUUAAUGUCAACACAAGUCACUCUGCAUUCAUAUUUAACCUAAAGUUAGCCUGAUCUGAGCAGAUGUGUGUGUGAAUGGAGGGAUGAAUUUCAUUUCAUCUGUUUUGUACUUCAUCAAUGGAUUUGCCUUUAAGCACGGCCCUGCAGGGCAACAGUGGCACCAACCACACCACUGAUACCUCUAGCUCAAGCUUCACCCACCAACUAGGCACGACGUCACCUGUUGUUCCAAGGGUUGUUUCCAUAGUGACCAGCCUGGUGACCAUCACGACAGAGGCCACAGUGGUAAUCUCAGCCUCAGGGAACCUAUCAGACUUCAGAGAUCAGCAAGGGAGCGAUCUCAGACAAAACCAGCCAGCCUCAACUCCAUCAGUGCUGAGUGCCGCCGAGAGGAACUCUGUCCUGCAGGGCAUCACGGUGGCUGCCCAGGCCCUGGUGCUCCUCUCCAUCUUCCUCCUGUCCAGCCUGGGUAACUCAGCAGUUGUCAUCGUCAUCAUCAAACACCGACAGCUCAGAACAGUGACCAAUGCGUUCAUCAUGUCGCUGUCGCUGUCGGACUUCCUCACAGCCGUUCUCUGUCUGCCGUUCUCCUUCGUCAUGCUCUUCAGUAAAGACGGGGUCUGGAUGUUCGGGGAUCAGUUCUGUGUGGCCAAUGGGUUUUUCAAUACCUGCUUCGGGAUCAUCUCAACCCUGACCAUGACUCUAAUAUCCUUUGACAGAUACUAUGCCAUAGUGAGGCAGCCGCAGGCCAAAAUAGGACGCCAGAAAGCCACUCAGUUGUUGGUAGCUGUAUGGUUAACUGCUGUUAUUUUUUCCCUGCCAUGGUACCUGUUAGUCCAAACACCUACAGAAAUCCAUAAGCGGGGUUUCUACCACUGUAUGUAUGUAUUCCACUCUGGGACCUCCCGUAUGGGCACAGCUUAUAGCAUCUUUCUUAUUGUAGUUUGCUACCUAUUGCCAUUCUCUCUCAUGUGUUUUUGCCAUUACAACAUCUGUAAGACAGUUCGGCUUUCUGAAAUCCGUGUCAGGCCAGUGACCACAUAUGCUUACUUACUACGAUUCUACAGUGAGAUGCGAACAGCAACCACAGUGUUGAUUAUGAUUGUUUUUAUUAUUUUUUGCUGGGGGCCAUAUUGUUUAAUGGGGUUGGUUACAGCAAUGGGGGACUACACAUUCAACCCUGCCAUGGACACAGUGGCUAUCUGGCUAGCCUGGGCAAAUGGAGCAAUUAACCCUCUAAUUUAUGCCUUGAGGAACCCCAACAUUUCCAUGUUACUGGGCCGCAGUCGAGAGGAGGGUUAUCGGACUAGAAAUAUAACUGCAUACCUGUCCAACCAAACCCAGAACCAUGAGAUUCGGCUGAACCAAGCGGAGCGGAUCAGGGACCACUAUGUGAGUCGGGUUGGAGUGAAUAACAGUCGGCUUUCGAGUUCAAGUCCCGGAAAAGGGGGAGGAGGAGAGGUGGCAAUGUGGGCCUGUAAAAACCCUGCUGUGUUUUUCUGCCGAGACGCCCAGCCUGACAUCACAGCGUACUCCAACUCUGUCAGCGCUCCAAAAACAAAGACAGCUGACACCAGCUUGUGACAUUUUGGAAUUUUUUGGGGAAAACUGGACUAUUUUAAAACAUCUUUGUUUGUGGACCUAAACAAGUCUGCUUCCAGUUUGAGACAUUUUUUUUAGGUGAUAGAGUGAUAGAGAAUGAAGAAUGUAGCAUGUAUGAAUGGAUUAUGGCUGAAUUCAUGCCUAAUUUUCAACUCCUCUUACUGAUCUGAUGUGUAAAAUAAGACAAACCUUGAAGAAAGUUCUCCCUUUCUACGAGGGGUUCUCAAAUGUUUUUAUGUCACAGACACCCCCAUUUUUAUCGCAUUGAAUCCAACAGCCAUUCCCUCUCAUUCUCAGAUUGGGAUAACUUCUGAUGAAUUCAUUUGUAGUGAAAUUUAACAAUCAUUUUGCCAGGGAAAUCUCUCAAGCCCCUGGGAGCCCCUUAGUGUCUCACCAAGGUAUAAAUCUCAGAUUAUGUGUUCAUGUAUAAAGUUCAGUAUAUGUGUGUGUGUCAUUGUGGUGAAAACAUGUAUAUACUGCAACAUGCAACAUUUCCUUAAUCCUAAUCUACAAACCUGUGAGUUUUUGGAAAUGCCUGCCAUUCUGAAAACAUACUGUACAUGACCACUGAUCAAUAAUACAACAUGGAUUCCUGAUGACAUAAUAAAAAGACAUUAAUGUUUAUAAUCAUUAAAUCCAAAAGCUUUACCUCUGUCAACCUCAGUAUAAGUUUUCGCGUUUACUUUAAGUAGAAAAUUGGUGGUUCAUUUGAAUUGCACAUUACACUAAUCAAAUUUGCCAAAGAUAUACAGUCAAACAAGAUGGUCAGAAAAAUCGCACAUUUCUAAAAUGGUUAUUUUAUGUUGUUUCUAUAUCGCUUAGCAAGUUUCUUUAAUAAGCCAAAAUCUACACAGCAGCGCCACACGGCCAGUUAA